AUUGUUGUCAUUAUUACCGAAAUUGCAGGAGAAAUAUUAAUUUAUAAAGAGUCCGAUUUUUUUAUUAUUGUGUCAUUAAAAUAAACAGGAAACAAAGGUUUUAUCAAUAGUCCGUGCUACGGAUUUUAUUCUACCCAAAACACAGAGGCUUUUCCGAAAGUAAGCCAAAGAAGCUCAGACGGCUGACCAUAGUUUUUAUGGUGGGAUAAGAUGGAGCAGGUCAUAGCUCAGGUGGCUCAGAAUGUGGAGAGGCAGCUUGAUAGUGAGCUUGAGAGGCUGGAUGCUCUAGACAGCAGCGACUUGGAGACCAUCAGACAACAGCGCAUCGCCGAGAUGAAACAGCGGGCCAAGAUGAAGCAGGAAUGGCUGGCCAAUGGUCACGGGGAGUACACGGAGAUCGACGGGGAGAAGGAGUUCUUCGGUGUGUGCAACAAGAGCGACAACGUGGUGUGCCACUUCUACCGCGCCGACACGCCGCGCUGCCGCAUCGUCGACAUGCACCUCGCGCUGCUCGCCAAGAAGCACGUCGAGACCAGGUUCGUCAAGCUGGACGCCGAGCGGGCACCCUUCCUCGCAGGUCGUCUGAAGAUCCGCGUCAUCCCCACUAUCGGUCUGGUGAAGGGGAACAAGACCAAGGACUUCAUCGUGGGCUUCACCGACCUCGGCAACCGCGACGAUUUCGCCACGGAGAUGCUCGAGUGGCGCCUCGCCAAGUCAGAUGUAAUAGAAUACUCGGGUGAUCUGCUGGUGCCCCCGGACCAGGCGCGCAAGCAGCGGGCGCUGCAGAUUCAGAGCAAGAAGACCAUCAGAGGACGAACGGACUCCGACUCCGACCUCGACCUCAGCGACUGAUAACACCAGCGUCCGGGGAGGAAGUUGCUGGAUAUUUAUAACUACUAAAUCUAUGAGUUAUAGCAUAAACCGAAUGUGUGGGUCCGCCUGCAGUUGGUAUGUCGAUUGUCAACCCACCCGGCUUAUUAAAAAGGCGUCCGUCAGUGCAUACUACCACGCGACUUCAGUAUGCAAACAGCACAAUUUCUGCUAUAAUAAACAGUAUUUCAUUAGCGUUUGUUAGUACUGUUUUGGUGUUUAGAUGUGCUUCUCUCGUAUUUAUAAAGAGAAACGAAAACUAAAUAACAUUAAAAUAUUUUUUUCUAAGGUUUUU